AUGCAGAAAAAUCAAAAUUCUUCGAAGCCUGAAAUCUUCUUAAUUUUUAAGAGUCUAUAAAAAGGGGAAAGGCAGAGCCAAAACAGAUCCUUUCUAUGCGGAAAUUUAUAUUUCUGAUUUUCUUCUGUUUGAUAAUAGGUUUGAUCGAUAUGGCUGAAUCUGGAGAUCCAUCAAAAUCAUCAUCAUCGGCGGCGGUCCACAUCGUUUACACCGAGAAGCCUCAGGAUGAGCAGCCUGAAGCCUACCACAUCCGAACCCUCGCCUCCGUACUCGGCAGCGAGGAGGCUGCUAAGGAGGCGUUGAUAUACAGUUACAAGACGGCUGCCAGCGGUUUCUCCGCCAAGCUGACUCCUGAACAGGUUGCAGAAAUGUCAAAGCAACCCGGUGUUCUUCAAGUUGUCCCGAGCAGGACACUCCAGCUGCAUUCUGGACCAGGGAAGCUGCAUUAGAGUGCAAGAAACUCUCUUUUAUGCUACUAAACAAAAAAUUUAUCAAAAAACGGUCUGUUGUAUAAGGCAAUUUGACCUUUGCCCGGCACUCUUUUCUAUUGGUGUGUGCUUACUCUUAGUAAUAUUUCAAUCUAUUGACUUAACUGGUUUUAUAUAGUAUGAUUGGUUUGAUGUUAGCUUUGCUAUUUACUUAUGUGAAAGUUAAAGGUGUGAAUGAUGAAAUUCAUUAAUGUGGAUGAUGAUUAAAGGGAUAA